AUGGAUACACAACAACUUGAUCAGUCACCUGAUGAUCAACGGGAGUCUGCUACGGAUUCUUCCUCUGAUGCAUUGAGUACAUCUUUUCGAUCCCUCGAUCCCUGGGGUCUUGCGGUUAUGGGCGUUCUGUCCUUUUUAGACUCAGACAACAUUACCCAGCCCCUUCUCGAAUUAUCCAUCAUACUAGAAUAUCCCUGGAAGCUAAAAAUUUGCCCAAGUCUAUUUCAUUUCGCCGAUGUGAUGGAGGAUCUAUGCGAUGUUUCUCUGGUCAAGUUUGAUUCCACAUCAAGAACGUUCUCACUUGAUAUAGAGGUGCAGAAAGCGUUCAGAAGUUUCAUGACUCCCGAGCAAAGGCAGAUCGGUUUCAACAAAGCGGUGGGACUGAUUCAUUACGCCUUCCCUCGCCGCGAUGAUAAUCUAUUAGCAGCCGAUCUCUACCAGUCCUGGGACCAAUGCGCCGAAUUACUGUGUCACGUAAUCUGUCUCAAGAAUUGCUUCCGCGAGGAGAUGGAACGGAACCCGGAAUUCCGGGCUUUGCAGAUCUAUUGUGACCUGAACAAUUCCUGCCAGAGGCAAGUUGACAAUCUGCAUUCUGUUGAUGAUCUUGAGGACUUGAUCGCGGUCAAUAGCAUGGCAUUGGAUACUUUGCCACCAGAACAGCAAUCGAUCGGCCUCCAAGGAUCACUUACCUCUCAUAGAGGCCAACUAAACUUACGCAUCGGCAAGACAGAAGAGGGAGUGAGAUGGCUUCGAAAGUCCUAUGAGAUCCGCAGCCAAGAUGAUCCAUUCAAACCGCUUGAAUCAGCAUGGGCGGCUGAUAAUCUUGCGGCAGGUUUGGGUUCUAUGGGCGAAUUUUCGGAGGCACUGGAAUGGUGCAAGAUUGCGCGGGACCACUAUAUGGAUGGCACCGGACAGACGAUAGACUCCGACCCAGCACUUAUGAUAACCACAGCAAUUAUUCUAUUUCGCUCCGGUAAACCCAAGGAGUCAAGGCAGAUGUUGAAUGCAGCACUCGAACAGAUCGAGGUGGCACGGCCAUAUGACUGGUACAGAGCAUCAGAAAUUCACUCCCAGCUAAGUUUACUUGAUCGACUUGAUCGCCGAUUUGCGUCGGCCGAAGAGCACAUCAUGGAAGCACAGAAUCUGUACAUGAAAGCGGACGGGAUGCGAAAUCAUCCACUGAAUGCGGUAAACAUGUAUCGACUUGGUUGUAUAGCGCUUGAUCAAGGAGAGGUUCAGGAAGCAAUCAAACACCUCAGCGAUGCACUCUCCAUCACUCGACCUCAAAGGCACAUUAUGACAGCCGAGCAUGCAAGAGUUUCGUUCAAAUUGUCUCAAGCGCUAGCGCAGGACCCUCGGAGAGAAAGCGAAGCUCGCUCGAUGCGAGAUCAAGCCGAGCGACUGCUUCGUGAGCGAGCACCGGAGGCUGGUGCAGCGGACUGGGAAAGUACUUAUGACAGUCUGAUUGUCCUUGAUUGGCGUUGA